CUUAGCCUUUUGCGGUGCAGAUGACCAGACAGUUUCUGCCUAAUGCAUUUUGAUAACCAAAUCUCUGAAAGGAUUAGGGCAAGCCCAGCAUGGCUUGUGCAAAUUCACUUUCCGCGCUGCAGGCGCGCAGGCGUGUUGGGCUUGUUGUAGACGACACAGCUAUCGGAAGCACGUCACAUCAAAAGGCAUUUGCGCUAGCAAACAUUUCUCUCACGGGGCAAACGGCAAACGACGAGGGGGUGCGGCUUGCGAGGUGGCGUGCUCGCGCCGUCUGGCACACGAUUAGAGGCAAUCAACAGGGCGAGGACGACGAGCUGGGGGAAGAGGCGGCGCCGGCCGCCGCGCCUGCUGACCAUUCCGACGGCUCGGAUGAUGACGGCUCGGAGGAUGAGAGCACGGAGGAUCUGGAGGCGAUGUGUGUGUUGGAGCCUGUGGAGCAGCUGGCGGAUAUCCUUGAGGAGCACGGCACCGCCGAUAACCUGGAAGCGAUGUGGGCCGCGAUAGACGUGGCGGAGGAAGCAGCAAAAGCGGGACUGUUCAAGGUGGGGAGGCCGCCCCUGGACGAGGACUUGUUCGGCCUGACAGGCCUGCGGGAGGAGGUGGGCCGCCUGCACGGCGUGUUGCAGGAGGCGGGCCGCUGGGCGCACCACGUGGCGCGGCUGCGGGUGCAGGACGUGCGGCGCGUGCACCUGCUGUCAACCGGCUGCAUAGACCGCUGCAGGUACAGCACAGCGGGCAAGGAACGCAGCAGCAGCAGCAGCAGCAGCAGCCAGGACGAGGGGCCGCAGAGUGAAGAUAAGCAGGUCAACAGCAACAACAACACCAACAACAUCAGCAGCAGCCACGAGCGAGAGGUCGGUCAGGACGCCGUCGGUGUGCAGGGCGGUGUCAGUGCUGGCGGCAGCAAGGGGGAGGGAAAGGCUGCCGCCGCUGGGGCAGCCGCGAAGGGCGAGGCGCUGGGCUCAGAGCCUGUAGUGGCCGGCGUCGCGCGUGGGCCUGAUGGCGGUGCCGGUGGCGGCGGCGGAAGUGAUGCCGUAGCAGCAGGUGCAGUGACUGGUAAGCCAGCUGCGGUGGCGGGUGACGCAGCUGUGGUGGAUGAAGUACCGCCGCCGGCUGAGAGCGCCUCCGCAACAGAGGGCGGCAGAAGCUGCAGCCCCGGCGAUGGUGGGUGCAGUGGCGACUCCGAGGGCCAAGUCGCUGCUGCGGUGGAGGCCGCCGACCAGGCAGCAGGCGCCGGCGGCGAGGAGGCGCGAGCAGUAGCAGGCGGCUCUGGGAGAACGACGGGUUCUGAGGCGAAGGCUGCAGAGAAGGCUACGGAGGCGGACGCAACAGAGGCAGAGGCGGAGCGACGGGCUCGGGAGGAGCGGGAGGCAGUGGUGAAGGCCACCGCCGGAUGGUGCAUGGGCGCGAUUGUGAUGCUUCUACACCAGGGGCUCGACUUCCGGGACUCGCUGUACGGCGACGUUACAGGCCACAAGUACCUCAAGACCCUCCAGGUCGCGCUGGCAAACGUGCACGUGGCACUGCGACAGAAACUGAUGCACCAGCGGCAGCGGGAGCCGGCGGCUGCGGAGGGGGAGGCAGCUGAGACGGAACUACUCACCUUGCAGUUUUCAGAUGCCGUACGGUUGGUGGUGCUUCCGCUGAUGCGCUUGCUGGCGGACCGGCAGAUUCAGCUACAACUCUACCGGGUUAUCAACAGCUACUGCCGCGGCGGUUGGACGGCUCUACGUACUACAGUCACGGCUACCACAGCCACAGCUGCUGCUGCUGCUGCCGCCGCCACAGCGGCCGGUCAAUCGCCGGCGCCAGCAACGCAGCAUGUGGCCCCGCCUGCGACGCCUAGCGCGCUAGAGGCGUAUGCGCGCACGGCGUUGGCGACGGACCUGAUUGUGUCCCUGAGGACCGUUGGUCGCAUGGUUGUCAGAGGACCCGGGGGUUCCCACCUUACGGAGGAGCACGCGCAGGAGCUCUCAGCGGCCGGCAACAAGAUAACGGCCUUGGCCAUCAAACACCAUUACGACCGGCUGGGUCGCAUGCCGCUGCUGCACCAGCUGGCUCGCGCCGCGCUGACCGCCGAGUUGGACGUGAUGCGGGGCAGGGUCAGCGCCGCGCGGGACGCCUACAGAAAGGCGGCGAAACAGGCGGAGGUGGCGGCUGCGGUGGCAGCAGCUAGGGCUGAGGCUGGGGCUGGGGUCAGCGGCCCUGCGGCGGAGGCGGCGGAGGCGGCGGUGGAGGCUCAGGCUCGGGCGGAGGCGGAGCUGCAGGACGCGGAGACGGAGCAGCACCUUCACGAGGUGCUGUUGAAGCUGUGCGACUGGCAGGACAAGGUGCGGCAGGCGGACGUGCGUGCGGCGCGGGCGGCGGGCGUGAAGGCGGCUCCUGCUGCCACCACGGCCGCUGACGCCGCCGCCGGCGGGCGGGACCCGCAGGCGGCGGGAGCUAGCAGCAGCAGCAGCGGGGCCGCCGCCGAUGGUGGUGGCGGCGACGGGGAGGAUGACGAUGAGGACGAUGAGGACGAGGAUGACAGGGUCUGGAGUGACAAGGUGCGGCGGCUGCUGUUGCGGAGCCGGAGAAACGGCGCCGGCGGCAAGGGGGAGCAGCAGGCGGAUGGGGUCGGCGGCGGCGGCAACACCUCAGACGACACUGACUCCGAUGAUGAUUCAGACGACGAAGAGGACGAUGACGAUGGCGUGGCUGCAAGGAUGCUGCGCCACCGCGAAAGCGUCGAUCCGCUGGCACUCGUUGUUGAGCCAGGCAGCUUCACCACACCCGCUGUCGCACCCGGCGCUGGCGAGGCUCUUUCUGCGGCGGGUGGCGAGCUGCUGAACUAUGACGGGACAGUCAGCACCUUUAUUCGUCUGGCGGCGCUGUCUGGGGCUCAUGCCCAGGGCCACGAGUGGUGGACUGCGCUGUGGAAGACGCUGCUGCUGGAGUGGCCGUGCGGCGUCGUGCCGUGCACCUGGGGCAGUACAGGCCUGCAAGUCGGUCGUGUCGUGGGCCCGCGGGGGCGGCGUGAGGAGCCGGGAGACAAGGGGGCCGCGGCCGGAGCAGCAGGCGGAGGGGCAGCAGGAGAAGGAGGAGAGGCAGGAGUGGCAGAGGCGGGUGUGGCGGCGAAGAGGCGGGAAAACGCUGCCAGCCUGGUGCGCGCCACCGUGACGGAGUGUGUGUACGGCAUCGAGGAGGGCCUGCCGUUUGUGGCCCUUGGGUCCUACACGUUGGCGCUGCUGCUGCGCCGCCUGCUGUUUUUGCAGCGCCACUUGAGAGCGGCGCAAGUGCUGCAGCCCACAGCCAUCCGCGCGCCCGGCCGGCACACACGGGAGGACCCGCACUCGCUGCCGGAGGGCUCGGAGCCGUGUGUGGUGCUUUCCCAGAUUGGUGACCUUCCUGGCUACAAAUGCAGUGGCAAUCCCAAGUUCGUACGCGACUACCUGCACGCUGCCUCCCCUGCUACUGCCGGUGCUUCUGCCGGUGCUACGGCGGGGGCUACUGCCGGUGGCGCUGCCGAUGCUACUGCCAGCAGCGGCGGCGCCUUGGCAAAGGCUGGCGGCCCCCAGGGCUCCGGCAGGCAGCAAUCCCAGCAGCAGCAGCAGCAGCCCACAAAGCACCUGGUGGAUGUGAUUGCUGAGCAGCUGGAAGACGAAUGCUAUGCUCAGCUAAUUUGCAAGUCGUGUGAGGAACUGGCGGGCGCUGUGCUCGCGGUCUCUCAGCUCCGUCAGAGGCGGCGCGAGGAGCUCGCCAAGGCCGUGAAGGCGGCGAGUGGUCGCGGCCCGGCGGGCCAGGCGGCGAGCGCGGCGCUGGUGGAGGGGCUUAGCAGGGAGCUGGGCAUCGUGACUUUCCACACGAGCGCGGCAACGAGCACGAUCAUUGACCAGUGGGCGGAUCCCGACGCCGCCCACUUCGACUUGGUGGGGGCGGGCGAGAUGGCGAUCUUGGUGCUGCUGCUUGCUGACGUGGACGUCAAGACCCGGCGCGUAACGGUGGUGCGCUCGGCCAAGGCGAAGGAGUGGGAGCUGGAGAUGGAGCGGGCGCAGGAGUUGGAGGCCGCGGCGAGGUGGCGCGGGGCGCGCGGUGCGGGCGGCCUGUCGGGGGUGGGGCGAGGCCAGGUCGCGCGGAUGGGGGUGCGGCGGUAGGUCGCAGGCGGCGGCGUGGAGGUAAAUUAUAGGAAGGACAGGGAGGCGGUGGAGGAGGGGGAGGCUGCGGAGGACGCGGUGGCGCGCGCGGUGGUUGGUCUCUCCUACGGCGGCUAGGUGUGGGUGGGCUGCGCGUGCGCAAGAGCACAACUUGAAAUCCCACGGAUCUGGAUGGUGUGCGUGAGCACAAUUGGAUCCAGCAACGGAUGAGCAGUCGAGCAAAUGCAUGAGCUUGAGCAUUUGCGGAAAGCAUGGGGGCCAUGGUGUUUUGCCUGUGCGCGCGUGUGCGCGAGCCAAAGGCGUGCUCAGGGUGAAGCGUGAUGGUAACUAACUUGACUUCUUUGCGCUCAACAACAAUACGAAUACCCUUGGCGGAGGCUCUGUGGGCUUUGUAGCGGCUGCAGGUUGUUGCCAUCAACCCGGGUUACCCGGCGCACCAACCAGUCAGGAGGGUGCCAACUCAUGGCGCUUUGCGUGUUGGCCUUGCCGGAUCCAGAUCGAUUGCAGGCUGACGAGGCGGUGUAAAACCCCAAUUUG